CUUCCUCUCUUGGAUCUCUCCCCCUCUUUUGUAUCCUUCAUUCACUAGAUCCAUCGCCCCAAUCGCUGGAAUCUUUUGAAACUUUGUAUCUCCUCUCCACAUAGAUAUCAAAAACAAUAGAAUUCCUACCAUCAUCUACUCGAUACUUCAGCCAUGGAUACCGCGCCAGACAGGCUUGUGGCGUCCACGGUAACUGUACCAGAAGUCUCCCCAGCAGAACUAUAUGAAGUCCUAGUUGGUGCGACAUCCCAAGAUCCAGCUUUAUUGCGGGAAUCCGAUAAGCGCUUGAAGCAGAUGAUGGGUUUAUUCGGCGCUUUCGAUGCCCUGCAUGAUAUCGCUUCCCAGAAAGCGCUCCCAGUCCCAGUCCGAAAGCAAGCCAUAAUACAAUUCAAGAACGAAGCUCUCAAGUCGUGGAGGUCUCGAAAGGUCCAAAAUGAUCAGCAUCGCCAAAGAAUUCGCAACCGUUGUUUAACAUUCUUGGAUGAUGAAGAUGAGACAAUCGCGAUAUUCAACAACGUUAUUGCCUCCAAGUUGGCGCGACAGGACUACCCCUCGUCCUGGCCAAACCUUGUGACAGAUCUCAUAGCAAUCAUGAAUUCAAGUCUCCAGCGUCGCUAUAAUCCUCCAUCUGAGGAUUUGAAGGAUACAUUAAUCCUGCAAAGAAGCCUUCACCUUCUAAACCUUAUAUUGGGCGAAUUCGCUGCACACAAAAUGCUAACCGGCGUCAGGACAAUGUCAGAGCUUGUCGAUCAACUACAUGCCACCCUCUACGGAUACUAUUCGUCUAUAUCUUCCAAUUUCACUGCUCUCAACCUGGAAGCCAUCAACUCGCCCCGAUCGUAUAAUGAUAUCUUAAUAGCGCAUCGGGUAUACAAGUGCAUCAGUAAGAUUGCUGGCUGGCUGUGGCAAAGAAGUGACCGGACUGGCAAAGAACAGUUCACAAAAAAAGAAGCCUGGUUUCAGCAAUUCUUUCAGAACUCCGCCGUUCAAUUACAAGUUUUGUUGGAUCUGCGAUAUAAGAUUGUCACUUCCGGUUCAGUGAACACUCAUCAAUCUUUCAAGUUCAUUGAAACUCUGACCACUCAUAUUCGCCACAUCGGCAAAUUUUUCCGUCGCCUAUCUCAGCUAUCUCACGCGCGCUUUGUCGAACUUCCGUUGUGUGGAAACCUUGUUAUGUUCUAUUGGUCGCUGGUUGUUCAAGCAACAACCCGGGAGUCUGGCCUUAUUGAAGAUUCACCUACUGCCGUGUAUCCUGUUCGAAUUCUUGUACAAGGCAUGGCGCUCUUCAACGAGAACCUGGCGCAAUGGGCUCCGAAAAGAAGAGACGGGACCUUGAACAAAAACGCUUUAUCGAAAGAGUUCGUUGAAAACGCGGUGACAUUAAUAGUCGGUCGCUUUUUGCCCCUCAAUCUGAAGGACCUCGAAAGUUGGAUAGCAAAUCCUGAAGAGUGGGUCAACAUUGACGAGAAAGAAAGCGAACAGUGGGAAUUCGAGAUACGUCCUUGUAGUGAAAGGAUUUUAAUGCACUUGUCCAACCAGUUUGCGGACUACGUGAUGCCAUUGCUUGAAACAGCAUUUAAGCAGGUUGCAAGCCAAAGCACCAAUGAUAUGCAAGCUAUAGUGCAAAAGGAAGCGCUUUAUUGUGCAAUUGGUCGUUGUGUUUUGAAGUUGAAGGCGUAUAUUCACUUCGAACAAUGGGCUGCAGAGAGUUUGGUAGUUGAAGCCCGUAGCUCCGAUCCCAAUUUUCGUAUCAUCAAGAGGCGUAUAGCGUGGAUGAUAGGCCAGUGGGUGUCCCAAGCCUGUGUGUCGCCUAACCUUUCCAUUCUUUGGGAUAUAUUAGUACAUCUUUUGAGUGACCGGGGCCCUGGUUCGGAUAUGGUUGUGCGGUUCACAGCUGCGACUGCAGUGAGGGAGUGUGUUGACACUCUCGAAUUCGACGUCAAUGUUUUCGCCCCAUAUAUCCCGACCACUAUCACAGAACUUGUCAAAUUGAUGGGAGAAGCAGACACCCUUACGGGUAAAACCCGCAUUGGAAACACACUCAAUGUUGUGAUUGACCAGGCAGGAAGCAGGAUUACGCCUUUUGUAGCAACAAUCACAGAACCUCUUUCGAAACUCUGGAGUGAUGCGGGUGCUGACUGGUCCUUCAAAGGAUCUCUGCUUACUAGCGUUACAAAUCUUGUCAAGGCCCUGAAAGGAGACUCAACGUCUUUAGGACACAUUAUCGUUCCUUUGGUCCGAGCAAGUCUCAGAGAAGCGAUCAAUCUCGACGAGGAUGGGCUCGGCCUGUGGAAGGCCGCAUUGCACAAUACAUUGACAGUACAGAGUAUCAAUGGAGCCCCAGCGCUGCUAGAUUUGGUCCCCGAUGCCAUAAAAUUGCUGGCGACGAACCUAGAUCUGCUUGGUAAAACUGUUGACAUAAUCGAAUCAUAUAUGCUUCUAGAGGGAGCGCAGAUUCUUCAGGUCUGUGCCGUUGACCUUUUCAAAGCCUUCCGCCAGGGAUUCGAAAAUGUCAAUAUCACCGUCAAUCGAAAGGAUUUGCUAGUAGCACUUAAUCUAAUCGUGUCAAUAACACCUUCUUCCUUAUGGGGCGAAGCUUUGCAUGUUUCUGGGCUGUUCGCCUACCUCAUGAAAAUACUCCUCGAUGGGGAGAUCGUCACUUAUAUCUUGGCUGAGCAUAUAUACAUCUGGGCCCGGAUCGUCAUGGCAGAUCGUCAGAUGUUCUUGCAGUUGAUGACUGCUACCGUGCCAGUCCUUGGCAUGACAGAAGCGAAGUUGUAUGAACGGCUAAUGGACGUGUGGUGGGACAAAUUUGACUCUAUGUCGGAACCAAAACACCGUAAACUGUGUGCUAUGGGAAUGGCCGCUCUUGUCUCAACUGGAAGACACGAAGUGCUGGAAAGACUCCCAACCGAAAUUUUCAACUUGUGGUCGGAGGUAUUUUUAGACCUCAAAGAGUCUAAGGAGCAAAUGGCAUCGGCUGAGCCGUUACGUCGUUAUUGGGAGUUUGAUGACACCUCGUCAGAUACUUUUUACAAGGAUACUACUGGCACACCUGAACAUGAUCGGCGAAAACUAGUCAAUGAGGCAGAUCCGGUUCGCACCAUCAAACUUACCGAGUAUGUUGGAGCUUAUCUGAGAGAGGCCGAGGCGCUUUACGGUGCAGAAUCGUUUCGAGCCCAGUACAUCUCCAAAGCAGACCCUAUCAUCUUACAGGAGAUUGAAAAAGCGUUAGCAGAAGGGCUCUGAAGAAUGAUUUUUUCAUCUCGUAUACUUCUCCCAUAUAUGUCAUGCUUCCAUCCCGGCUUCUCAGUUCUCAUCUUUGGUUUGAUAUUAAUGAUACUAGAUACGAACUAGUAAUCAUCAGAAAGACCGGAUUCGCUGU